AUGAGAGAAGUUAUUUCUUUGAACGUUGGUCAGGCUGGUUGCCAGAUCGCCAACUCCUGCUGGGAGCUCUACUGCCUUGAGCACGGUAUCCAGGCCGAUGGUUACUUGACCGAGGAGCGCAAGAAGGAUGACCCCGACCAUGGUUUCAGCACCUUCUUCUCCGAGACUGGUCAGGGCAAGUACGUUCCUCGCACCAUCUACUGCGACCUUGAGCCCAAUGUUGUCGAUGAGGUCCGCACCGGUACCUACCGCAGUCUUUUCCACCCCGAGAACAUGAUCACUGGCAAGGAGGAUGCCUCGAACAACUAUGCCCGUGGUCACUACACCGUCGGCAAGGAGAUGAUCGACCAGGUCCUCGACAAGGUCCGCCGUGUUGCCGACAACUGCGCCGGUCUCCAGGGUUUCCUGGUCUUCCACUCCUUCGGUGGUGGUACCGGUUCCGGUUUUGGUGCUCUCCUGAUGGAGCGUCUGUCCGUUGACUACGGCAAGAAGUCCAAGCUGGAAUUCUGCGUCUACCCUGCUCCUCAGAACGCCACCUCCGUUGUUGAGCCCUACAACUCUAUCCUCACCACCCACACUACCCUUGAGCACUCCGACUGCAGUUUCAUGGUUGACAACGAGGCCAUCUACGACAUCUGCCGCCGCAACCUCGGUAUUGAACGCCCCAGCUACGAGAACCUCAACCGCCUGAUUGCCCAGGUUGUCUCUUCCAUCACCGCUUCUCUCCGUUUCGACGGUUCCCUCAACGUCGAUCUCAACGAGUUCCAGACCAACUUGGUCCCCUACCCCCGUAUCCACUUCCCUCUGGUGGCCUACGCCCCCGUCAUCUCCGCGGACAAGGCUUCCCACGAGUCCAACUCCGUCAGCGAGAUCACCAUGAGCUGCUUUGAGCCCAACAACCAGAUGGUUAAGUGUGAUCCCCGCAACGGCAAGUACAUGGCCACUUGCCUGCUGUACCGUGGUGAUGUCGUCCCCAAGGAGACCCACGCUGCCGUCGCCACGCUCAAGACCAAGCGCACCAUCCAGUUCGUCGACUGGUGCCCUACUGGUUUCAAGAUCGGUAUCUGCUACCAGCCUCCCCAGCAGGUCCCCAACGGCGACCUUGCCAACCUCAAGCGCGCUGUCUGCAUGCUGUCCAACACCACCGCCAUCUCCGAGGCCUGGUCCGCUCUCGACCACAAGUUCGACCUCAUGUACUCCAAGCGUGCUUUCGUCCACUGGUACGUUGGUGAGGGUAUGGAGGAGGGUGAAUUCUCCGAGGCCCGUGAGGACCUGGCUGCCCUCGAGCGCGAUUACGAGGAGGUUGCCAGCGAUUCCCUGGAGGAGGAGGUUGAGGCCGAGUACUAG